CACGCUGUUGGCGACACUAAAUGACGAUCAGGUCGGCCAAGCGUGCGUGUUUGCUUCAUUCGUGCGACGACAUGGCGGCGGAUCUCGAUCAGUUCCAACAGCUCCUAAGUACACUCCUCAGCUCAGAAAACGAAGUCCGUGCGCGAGCGGAGGAGACGUAUAAUAAUCUUUCAUUGGAGAGCAAGGUGACAUAUCUUUUAAGUACUGUUUGCAAUGGCACACUUGUGGAUGAAAUGCGGUCUAUGGCUGCAGUACUGCUACGCCGACUGUUUGCCUCAGAAUUUAUGGAUUUCUUCCCUAAGAUCCCAUCAGAGGCACAAGCCCAGCUGAAAGAACAGAUUUUAUUAUCAGUCCAAAAUGAACAGAAAGAAACUAUACGUCGUAAAGUCUGUGAGGUUGCAGCUGAAGUGGCUAGGAACUUAAUAGACGAAGAUGGCAAUAAUCAAUGGCCAGAGUUUCUUCAGUUCUUAUUUCAAUGUGCAAAUAGUCCUUCACCCGAAUUGAAGGAAAGUGCACUCCGCAUGUUCACAUCCGUCCCAGGAGUAUUUGGAAACCAACAAACAAAUUAUCUUGAUCUUAUAAAACAAAUGCUACAGCAAGCUGUUGUAGAUAUAACAAAUUAUGAGGUUCGAUUUCAAGCAGUACGUGCAAUUGGAGCAUUUAUAAUAUUACACGACAAAGAAGAUAAUAUACACAAACAUUUCUCAGAGCUAGUUCCUGCACUUGUACAAGUAACCGCUCAAUCUAUAGAAAAACAAGAGGAUGAUGCGCUUUUAAAAGUGUUAAUAGACCUUGCUGAAGCCACGCCAAAAUUCCUCAGGGGACAAUUAGAUAACAUAAUGCAAUUAUGUAUGAAUGUAGUCUCCAAUGAAGAGAUGUCUGAUUCUUGGAGACAAUUGGCAUUAGAAGUUAUGGUAUCAAUGUCAGAAAAUGCUCCCGCUAUGGUACGCAAAGCUGCUGCAAAAUACAUAGCAGCUCUAAUACCAUUAGUACUGAAAAUGAUGACUGACUUAGAAGAAGAUGAAAAGUGGAGUUUCUCCGAUGAAAUCAUCGAAGACGACAGCGACAGUAAUAAUGUAGUUGCUGAAAGUGCUCUAGAUAGGUUGGCAUGUGGCCUCGGUGGUAAAACGGUACUACCGCUAAUCGUGCAGAAUAUUCCCACAAUGUUAAGUAACAGUGACUGGAAAUAUAGGCAUGCAGCACUUAUGGCUAUUUCAGCUAUUGGUGAAGGAUGCCAUAAGCAAAUGGAAGCUCUUUUACCACAGAUAAUGGAUGGUGUCAUACAAUAUCUGCAAGAUCCACAUCCCCGUGUGAGAUAUGCCGCUUGUAACGCCGUAGGACAGAUGUCUACAGAUUUUUCACCUACGUUUGAAAAGAAAUUCCACGAUAAAGUUAUACCCGGAUUAUUGAUGGUGUUGGACGAUAACGCGAAUCCUCGAGUUCAAGCGCAUGCCGGUGCCGCUUUGGUGAACUUUAGUGAGGACUGUCCGAAAAAUAUUCUAACGCCGUAUCUCGAUGCCAUAAUGGCCAAACUAGGAUCUAUACUAACCAAUAAGUUCCAUGAAUUGGUUCAAAAAGGCAACAAGCUCGUGCUUGAACAAGUUGUUACAACAAUAGCUUCUGUUGCUGAUACUUGCGAAGAACAAUUUGUAACGUAUUAUGACAGACUAAUGCCUUGUUUGAAAUACAUAAUCCAAAAUGCGAAUCAACCUGAACACAAAAUGCUACGUGGCAAAACUAUUGAAUGUGUCAGUUUAAUAGGCCUCGCUGUUGGUUCGGAGAAAUUUAUUGUAGACGCUAAUGAAGUUAUGGAUAUGUUACUCAAAACACACGCAGAAGGUAAUCUGCCAGAUGAUGAUCCACAAACUAGUUAUCUCAUAUCAGCUUGGGCUAGAAUUUGCAAAAUACUUGGAAAACAAUUCGAACAAUAUCUACCAUUAGUAAUGGGACCCGUCUUACGAACGGCUGCUAUGAAACCUGAGGUUGCAUUAUUGGACAACGAAGAUUUGGAAACUAUCGAAGGUGAUGUCGAUUGGCAGUUUGUUUCAUUAGGGGAGCAACAAAACUUUGGAAUUAAAACAGCCGGUUUGGAGGACAAAGCUUCUGCAUGCGAGAUGCUGGUUUGUUAUGCGCGAGAAUUGAAAGAAGGUUUCGCUGGCUAUGCCGAAGAGGUAGUUCGAUUGAUGGUACCAAUGUUGAAAUUCUAUUUUCACGACGGUGUCCGAACUGCGGCCGCGGCAAGUCUGCCGUACCUUCUUGACUGCGCUAAGAUAAAAGGCUCACAGUAUGUAGAAGGCAUGUGGGCAUAUAUUUGCCCGGAUCUUUUGAAAGCCAUUGAUACAGAACCAGAAUCUGAUGUCUUGAUGGAGCUAUUGUAUUCUUUUGCAAAGUGUAUCGAGACUCUAGGUGCAGGUUGUUUGAGUGCUCCGCAUAUGACUGAACUUCUACGAAUUUUAGAUAAAUUACUCAAUGACCACUUCGAAAAGGCAUUCGCUAGGUUGGAGAAACGAAAGGACGAAGAUUAUGACGAGGUUGUUGAAGAACAACUUGCUGAUGAAGACAAUGAGGAUAUAUAUACCCUCAGCAAAAUCGCCGAUAUUUUACACGCCUUGUUCUCGACCUAUAAGUCCUCAUUUUUCCCAUACUUCGACCAAAUAUGUGGACAUUUUGUCAAGUUAUUGAAUCCCGAAAGAUCGUGGUCGGAUCAUCAAUGGGCUUUGUGCGUUUUUGACGAUGUAAUAGAAUUCGGAGGACCUGAAUGUGUAAAAUAUCAAGAAUUCUUCUUGCAACCCAUGAUCCAAUAUGUUUCUGAUAAAUCUGCCGAAGUUCGACAGGCAGCUGCUUAUGGUUGUGGAGUUUUAGGCCAAUUUGGCGGGGAAAGCUUCGCCCAAGCGUGUGCGGAAGCUUUACCGAAAUUAAUAGAAGUUAUUAAUGAUUCAGAAUCUAGGUUGGCAGAGAAUGUAAACCCUACAGAAAAUGCUAUUUCGGCGGUAACAAAAAUUCUUAAAUAUAAUAAUAAGGCAAUCAACGUCGAUGAAAUCCUUCCACUCUGGCUAUCUUGGCUGCCAGUUGUUGAAGAUGAAGACGAGGCACCACAUGUAUAUGGAUACCUGUGCGAUUUAAUAGAGGCGCAUCACGUGGGAGUCUUAGGAACAAAUAACUCACACUUACCGCGACUUAUAAGUUUCUUUGCCGAAGCACUCUUCAGAGAUGCUGUGCCUAACGAUCAUCCCGUUAUGUCCAGAAUUCUUAGUAUUGUUAGAGAAAUACAGAACAACGAGACUAUAUUCCAGGCAACCAUAAUGGAAUUAACGACAGAUCAACAACAAGCUCUUCAUGAGGCACUCAGCACACUAAGUUGAAUUUCUAACAUUAUAACAUAAAAAAAAAUAAUCGUAAAUUUAAUCUAUCUUCUGGGAAAUCUCUUAUGAAGAUUCUAGGUAGUUAGAUUAUACCUAUGAAAACUUACGUUCGCUCCAGUCUAGCUACACACACAUACACAUGCAGAUACAUAUAUAUAUACAAAUUUUACGUGUUUCAUAUAUUAUUAUUAUUCACGUAUUUGUUAAUUAUAUCUUUCUGCAUCAUGCUAUCAAAUUUGAUAAUUGUCAAUUUUUUACCGUCAGGGAUUGUUAUUAAACCUUAUCUAAAACUAAAUUUGCGUUUGUCACUGAUUAAUACAGUGCAAAUAAUAUGAAAGAAAUUUGAUUAAAAAUGAGGGCUCGCAUUGAUGAAAUCUUGACGAAUAAACUUAUACAUACAAAUGUUUUAAACAGAAAAUUUAUUUACAUAUAUUUAAUAUCUUGUUUGUUUGUUUUUUUUUACAUAGCUUUGGUUAACACUAUCUAAAAAAAGAUUUACAAUGUCGAAUUAAAUAAAAUGUCCAAACAAUGAUAUUUUAUAUUGAAAACCGAACGAUACUUAACAUUUUUCUAACGUUUAAGAAAAGUGAUUUUAUAAAUUGCGUAACAAUGCAAAUAUUAAAUAUAGUUUUGUUGGAACAAAAUAUUUAAAAAAUUAUGAUUUUGUCUCUGCGAUCUCUUCAUACAAAUUUAUUUAUAUUCUCGAGCAUUAUUUAGCUAAAAUGACGAAACUAAUGCAAAACAAACUGGAAAACCAGCUUUUUGUAGCCAUGAAAUGACCGCGUGUGACUCAUUGUGAUUUAGAUAUUUUUAUUAUUAAAUUUAGGUAUCAUGUUAUUUAAUGAUAAUGUCAAUAAUAUUAUGAUGUUGGACGUUAAAUGCGAGUGUAUACGAAUGCCUUUUGAAUGAAACGUAAUGGAACACUUAAUAAAUUGUAGAUUCGAGGUCACAAGUUUGCAGACUGUGUAUAAUACACAUUCUGUAUAUAAUUAAAACAUAAGAUGCAUGUUCAAGUACAGCAAAAAUUCUUGUAAUCUUAUAGCUAAUUAACAUUGAGUUCUUACGCAUUCUUAGCUGUGACUUGUUCAUGUCAUUUAAAUCCAAUGUUAGUCGAGAAUAUAAAUGAUGAAAAAGGUACACACAGCAGACGGAAAACAAGAAAAAAUGAGUCGAGUAGAGAACCGACAAUACUAUAUGCAUUACGUUUCCUUCGACAUGCGACACAUGAAUCGAAAAAAAAAACACUAAUAUUUAACGAAAAGGACUGAGUGGAAUGAUGUUUAAACAACUCCCUGUUCUUGUUGCUAUUUAUUUAUACACAAAUAAGUCCUUAAUAAGCCUCUGAUACAACUGUAUUAAAUUUCCCAUAAAACUGACCUACAGUAGACUUUCAGAGAACGAGAGAAAGUGGCUACUUCUAACAUAAAUGUUCCAGGUGAUGAUCUUUUUUUACUGAAACGUGUAGAAAAAUAAAGGUAAAAAAUAAAACA